CAAUUUUCGGAGAAUUGGAGAGUUAGUCAUGUUGCGGUGAAGAGGUUCAGCAGCAGUUAAAGGUUGGGCAGCGAAGCAACAUGACAUCAUUUUUCGUGUAGUCUUUAGCCCAUGAGGGUGGCUGUGAAAGGAGCAAAAUGACAAAAAGUUCACAACUUCCUGUUUCGUGGAAAUGGGAUUUGGUGCAUUUUCGACAACGCUACGACUGGGAUUGCGGACUCUCUUGCAUCCUGAUGCUUCUCCCGCGGCAGAAGAGAAAUUAUUUUCUGGAAAAUUUCACGGAAAUCUGCUCAGAGGAAGGUUUUGGGCAAAGUACGUGGACAAUUGAUCUGUGCUACGUAUUGAAGCGCUUCGGCGUGCAUCACAAGUACCUCACAUCGACAAUUGGCGUCAAUGAUGGCUACAACCAGCAUAGCUACUACGGGAAGAUUAUCCAGCAGGACAGUGCGAGGGUGGAUAGACGCUUCAAAAGUGCCCCAAGUCAGGGAAUAAUUGUGGAACAGCAACAAAUUACUCGGGAUGCUCUCAUACGACACAUUGCUCUCGAGGGGCCGGCAAUUGUCCUCACAAAUGCCUCUCUACUCACCUGUGAUAUCUGCAAGUCCAACAAAUUCUCCACAGAGCUACGUUCCUGCCUCCCCUGGAGGGCAUCCUUCAAGGGGCACUACAUCCUCCUGUGUGGCUACAUUGUGACCCUCCGGAAGUUCUUCUACCGCAAUCCAGCCAUGAAGGAUCACAUCUGUAUGACGUCCUUUGUUAAUUUCCACAAUGCCCGCGUGUGCUAUGGAACAGACGACGAUGUGAUCCUCAUUUACAACAAUCAAAAGGAUAGGCCACAGGAUGAUACGUAAGAAUUACUUAAAGUUACAAAAAAAAACUCCUUAUUUUUAGAGAAAUGUGAUUUAAUACCAUUUAAAGGGGAAAAGAUUAAAAGUGAAUUUGAGAUUUGAAGUGUUCGGAUUGAAAGAAAAUUCGCUAGUUGCAAGGAAAAGUGUUGCAAAAAAGCAAUAAAUUAACCCUUUCACGUCCACGUGAAACAUGUGCUCUGAUGCUUUCAGAGAAAUUUUUUCAGUUAAAACGAAUUAAAAAAGAAUUAAAUUCAUAAAUAAAUGGUCAGCGUAUGACCCAUAAAACUCGAAAGGGUUAUUCUUAAUCUGUUUUAAGAUAGGAUUUUUAGUGGUAUUUUUAAGGCUAAUUUGUAUGAAAAAUUAAUUUGAUUUCUAGGGCAAACUAAACGCCAAAAAUACCGUUUUUUUUAAGAAACGAAAGAAAAAUGAAUUUUCUUAAAAAAUUGUAUUUUUGGCAGGUGAGGGUGGAAAGGGAUGAAAAUGGUGGCCAUUUUCAGAUUCCCCGGAAAAUUUUAGCUAAGUUUUCACUAGAAAUCAAAUAAAUUUUUCUUACAAAUUAGCAUUAAAAAUACCUCUAAAAAUAAAUCUCAAAUCUUACGGUAUUAAUUUAUUGCUUUUGCAUUUUAUUUUCGCAAAACAUUUGCAACUAACGGCAAUGCUGAAAAUUAGAGGAAUUUUCAAUUGACAGAGUUCAAAAAAAAAUAGUUUCCCCCACGAAAAUAUUAUUCAAAGAAAAAAAAUAUUUCAGGAAAAAAUAUUUUUUAAGGGAAAAUUUUAUUAAUUUAAUGAAAAUUGAUUUAUACCGGAAAAAAAUUGAGACUCACGUGGUUUAUUUCAAGAAUAAGUUGGGCUCAAAAUCUUCUCCCGAAUGUUUGGGAUUACGUAUCCUUCAAGUUUAUAUGAAGGGUAUGAAAGACUUCUAGAGUCUCACAAAAAAAACCACCAAAAAUAUCCGGAAAUCUUUAAGUGUCUCCGUAGGGUAUUCCUCUUCUAGUUUGCGAAUGAAUUUGCGUUGGUAUGUGGAAAUUGAGUCUAUUCCUAAGCCACAAAUUAAAAAUUUCUUAUCUAUUUUAACUAUUUAUUACGACUAUCCUCCGAAACAACAAAUCAUUACAAAAUAUCUCUCGGUGGAAUGGAUAUUGUCAAAGCCGUUGUCUCAAAUGCAUUAAAGACUGAACAUUCUGCCAUUCGUGAUGCAACAGUUCCAAAUCUCAAUUGAGCAUACUGAUGAUCUGGAAAUAAAGUGAAAAACCAAUCAUAUGCUGCUACUAACUUCGUGUAGCUAUCAAAGGUGUUCCAUGUGUUGUACUUUUCCGGCGUCCCUGAUCCCCUCCAUUCCGCUCGAUCACAUAGGUGCGACAGCAUGCUCUUAGCGAUCUUAACCAAGGUUAGGCGGUAUCAUUAACCGUUGAUCGUUGUAUGACUGCGUUUUCGUUGCAAAAUAUCUUUCUUUUAUUGGAAGGUCAGCAUAAAGUUUGGGUUAAAGUCCAUUGUAUUCAUUAACUUUAACCCGGCUGCCAUGCUUUAUGGUCUUGAGGAUUUUAAGGUUUUACUUUGCUGCUUGCAAAUAGGCUUUAAUAUUUUCCGGGUUACAGGAUGAGUGAAGAUUUUUCACCAUUACCCUAAUUGGUUUAGUCUGCUUAUUUUCAUCUGUGUGAAAAGUCAGACUAGUAUCGGUUUUAGGCAGAAUCAUUGCUUCUCUGUAUGAGUCGCAAUUGGCACAGUUAAUUUUGGCUAGUUUAGCCUUAAAUUUUACUUGGAAAUCACUGUUAGAGAUUUCUUUUCAAUAAUAAUUUUCUUCAGCUUGGUUUUCGUAUUUUUGGGUGUCUAGAGUGGUACUCAUUUUCCUUUUUUUGGUUUUUGCUUUCCACUCUGGCCCAGUUCGUUUCUGUGGCCAAGUUGUCGUUGAAUUUUCCCAUUGGCUUUAGCCUUAGACCCCUUUCCUUGUCUCUCUGAUACUCGCAGCACGAAGUUUCGUUCUAUAGAAAUUAAUUCUGGAUCCCUCUUUUUUAUGCACUAAUUCGUCAAUAUUUCGAUAUUCUUUUAUCGUUGAUAAUGGUGACUAAUAAAUUUUCUGGAUGAGCAAAAUAUGAAUUAUUGUUUAAUCGGUUGCACUUGGAUUAUCUCUUUUUAUUUUUUGGUAGGUCACGUAAUAAUUUCUUGAGUUCAUCGUCACUAGUAUUUCUAAGAAUUGGUGGUAGAGUAAUUGUUAUAUCUUUCCAAUAAAUCAUGUUUGUAUAAUCGUCGGCAUCAAAAUUGAUAACCGGUUUUCUAAAAACCCUAAUUUUUGUAUUUUUCGCCUCAACACUUCUGGCUAAGAUAAUUCGAUCAAUAGCAUCACGCCUUACAGGUAUUCUAUUUAUCGUGGAUCAUAGUAACUAGGAGGUUUUCUGGGUGAGCAAAAUAUGAAUUAUUGCUCAAUAUUUUGUCCACGACUUUUCUAUAUUCUUCUGGAAGUUCACGCGUCGACUGUAUAAGAAAAUAAAAUAUUUUUGGGCCAUUUAUAAAAUCAUGACUCUUUUUUUUAUACGAAACCAUGAAGGUAUAUAUAACUCCAUUAAAUAUUUCAUAAUGCAUUUAAAAUGAUAAGAUGGCUCUUUAGUGCCAACAUACAGUCUCAUAAUUCUAUUGGCUGUUGUCAGUCAUCUGGCAUGGUUCAACAAUCCUAGUUGCCGACUAGCUAAAUCUCUAGAACAAUUUCCUGACUUUAUGGCUUGUGCUAUAUCAUAUUAAUAUUGCUGAUCCGUAUUUAAUUGAAUUCCGUCUAAAUUAGGAAGUUUAAAAUUUAUUGGAUCAAACUUUAUAACAGGGAAAUUGUUGCAAAAACUUAAAUUUUUACCUAUUUCUCCAACUAGAAUAUUAGGCCCUUUUGUUUUACCAUCUAGUUUUCGAAUUAAAUUUCUAAAGGGCAAUUCAUUACAAUGGAGAAGUGUUUAUGGAAAUGGAAGAAAGGGAUUGAAUUAUAAACCUACUAGAGGAUUUUCAUUAAUGAAUUUUUCGUCUUCCUCUCUUUGGUUUUUUCUAACUACUUUUCGACUUCUUAUUUUCAUUAACUAAUCCUAAGUCUUCAAGUAUUCCAUUUAUUAUAGCAGCUGUGGCUGCUGUCAUGAUAAAGGCUUUUUUCGUAAUUGACUAGAUUAACUAGAAUCUAUUGAACUGUUGCAGUUGCAACUUAUAUAGCUAUCGUUGGCGUGCUGAAAGGAGUUUUUUUUUCAGCAGUUAUUCUUUCCAUCAUUUUUGAUUUUAUUCAGUUACCUACUCUAAAAUCAGAAAGACUUUUAUGCUUUCUUUUAAAAUCAUUAUGAUGGAACAUUGGAUGGAGUUUUCCAUCUAUUCCCACCCUCUCGGCACCUAUUUUACCUACUUAUGCAUAUCCUAUCGCCCUGGAAAUCAUCCCUUAGAAUAAAUGCAUUGAUAUAAGUUUCAGACAAAGUCUUUGGGAAGUCUUUGAGUGCUCAUAAACUUUCGCAACCUUUUGCGACCUUUGAAAUGGAUCUGCGUCAUGGUAAAAUCCAACAUUUGGCUUUUUUCCUUGACUCUGUAAUUUCUUUCUGUCUUUCCGUAGGAGUUAUCUAUGUAGGAGGAAGAUUAACAUAUCUUCCCUUUUGACCUGGGUGAACAUUCCCAGUAUUAUGAUGAAUAGUGUGUGCAAGGAUCAUUUAGGGUUCGGCUUUUUUUCCUACCCCAAAAUGAACCUCCACAAAUUCUCUAUUAUCGUUUUCCGGGAAAGGCAGACUUUGAAGAGUAUUUUUUGUUAUCAAAAUAUGUUGAGCGUUUUGAGUUUAUGGGUUGUCUCAAAUAUCUCUUACUAAAAGAAACAUUGAAUGAGGGACACUUGAGUUCUUCGUCUUUUUUGGUAAUUUGUCGAGACUUUAUCUUUCAUUUAAUGACCCUUCGAUGUUUAGGAGAAAAACUUUGGGUAUAUUUAUUUAUGCUAAAAGAAAUGAAUAGUCAAGCAAAUGAAUUUAUGCUGAAAUAUAAAUAAAAGAAACGAAUUGUGUAAGAAAAAUUGUAUUGACGAAAUUAUGUUGAACCAGCAUAAAAUUGUGAAAUGUAUUUUGGAAUUUAUAUGUCAACAAUGAAGAGCCAAUAAAGAAUAAUAAGCAA